CUAAUACGACAUAGACCGUGCCUCUCAGCUAACUAUGCUGACCAUUUGCUCCUCUCAGUAUUAGGUUCCUAAGCCAGAAUUCAAUUUAUGCUUCACUUACUCACUAUACUUAAGAAAUAGAAUGCUAUUACAAUCACCGAUGUUGUAUCUUCUUCUAACUAGACCACCUUUUUCUUGUGCACCAUAAAGACCACCAAAGCAGAUUUGGGAGGUAGUACUCCCAUGCUGUUCAAGACAUUUACAGUGAUCAACACAAAAAUUACAGGUAAGGAAUUGCUGGAUUCGAGCGCCAAGAGAUGCAUGGAGCAGUAUGCUGAAAUCUUUUCGCAAGUUGUCACUGUUCAAAAAAUCAAAGCAAGGAAAAAAAGACUGCCAUUCUACUGUAUUUGAAAGACUUGAUGGUGUCCUGCCCCUCCUGCGCCUACAACACUAGUCCUGUACCUGGCGGCCUCCGAUUUUGACUGCCCUGCCUUCUUUUCCCAUCUGGUCCGGUGCAGGCAAGGAAGGGGCGUCUCUUGCAUCAUGGAGUCUCUGGUUCACAUUAUGUUUCUUCCCCAGCUCCUCCACAUGAUUCAGAUGUUCUCAUCAUGUGCUGCUUCUGCCCUCCCUCCAUUGCAAGGGAAAAAAUAUGCCGCUGCUUUGGCCCCGUUCCUCAUAAGUCAAAAAGGUCAAGCGCUACACAAGGGUGCAUAAAUAAGCACUGAUUAUCUCUAACAAGCAGGACAUCUCCACUCCUGUGAAUUAUGAAGCCCCUUGCAGAAGUCUUUUGUUCCGCUGUAAUAACUAUAUCCACAUUUUAGAUUUUUAUCCUAGACUAUGAAGCUGAUAGCUACUAUCUCAAUAAAUCUAAAAACUCUUAUAUUUCGUUGUGACAUAACCAGAAAAUUCUUAUUUGUCCUCUAUGGCAAUAUGAGUCUACUAAAUGUACAAAUUUUAUUAUUCAGAUAGAUAAAGUUGACAUGAGCGUGCGCAAAUUUAUCCUGAAACUUCGAUUCCUUGUUCCAUAUUGUUUAAAGAACAUCUAAAUGAGAGAAUAAAUAUGUAACAAAUGCAACCGCAAGAUUACAUCUUCUACUACCAUAGUAAUUACUAAAAAAAUUACAAAGAAAUUAUGCACGCGCGCGUUGCGCGCGCAAUGCACUAGUUGUGUACAAAACCGUAAGACGGCGGUGGAGGGCGCAUGUUGAACAGCAAGCCGCCUCCCCGAAAGGAAAACGUCAUUUUCAGUAAGGCCGUGUUCAUGUCUGAUCCAAACUGACUUCAGAGUCUCCAAUCCCUGUCUUUCGAUCUCCCGAUCCCGCCACCGGAGGCGAUGGCGGCGGCGCCAGUGGUAAGGUUUCCGGUCUUCGGCCUCGUGCGGCUGCUGGGCUUGGCCGCCGCGGCGGGCAUCCUUUUCUGGGCCGUCCACUACCGCGGCGGCAUGGCCCUGUCCACCGACGAGGAGAGCAAGCUCCCGAUUUUCAACGUUCACCCUGUGCUGAUGCUAAUUGGUUUGGUAGCCUUGAAUGGUGAAGCUCUUUUGGCCUAUAAAACCGUGCCAGGAACCAAAAAAUUGAAAAAGCUAGUGCACCUUGCCCUGCAGUUCCUUGCCAUGUUUUUGUGUCUAAUUGGUCUCUGGGCUGUCUGGAAGUUCCACGAUGAAAGAAAAAUCGAUCACUUAUAUACACUUCACUCAUGGAUGGGACUCACUUGCAUCAUCUUCUUCAGCUUGCAGUGGGCUACUGGAUUUUGGACCUUUUGGUAUCCUGGUGGAUCAAGAAGUGGCCGUGCAUCUCUCCUUCCCUGGCAUGUCUUCUUCGGUAUAUUCAUCUAUGCUCUUGCUAUCGCCACAAGUGUGAGCGGACUCCUAGAGAAGUCGAUCUUUAUGCAGAGCGCCAAAAUGAUUGGGCGCUUCUCCACAGAAGCCAUGUUUAUGAACUCGCUGGGGAUGCUACUGCUGGUACUGGGCGCCCUUGUUAUUCUUGCCAUUGUUAGUCCUGGACCUGGUAAGAUUGAGACAUACCGAGGCUCUUCAGAAUAAGAGGAAGUGAUUACAGAGCAGUUUCUUGAGCUGCAAUUUUUGCCAGUCACUGAGCAUUGCAUGUACGUGAUGUUGUACCCAGAAGUGUGAUUUCGUUCCUCUGACAUGGAUAGUCAGUGCUGAGGAUAACUUCGUAACUAUAACGAGGUUCACUUCAUUCCAGUAGCAUAUUUGUGGAUCAAGCUGACAGAAAUUACAGCCAGACUUCUGUAAACCGAGACUAUACUUCGGUUUUAUACAUUGGGAUAUAAUAAGUAGAGCUAUUGUUUUGGAUGAUCAGAGAUUACAUUUACCUCAGUUUUAA